CCCACACGCGCGCGCCGCUCACCGAGAAGGAAGCAGACGCCGACGCCUCCAACAUGCAGCGCCUCGCCUCCUCCCGGAGGCUCCUCCAGGCGGCGCUCGUCCAGGGCCGGGCCAACUCCAGCCUCUCCGCCGCUGCCGCUGCCGCUGCCGUGCCCACGCCGGAGAAUGCCUUCGCCGCCGCCCCGAAGAUGCCGCCGUUCGAUUACACGCCGCCGCCGUACGACGGGCCGCGGGCGGAGGAGAUCUUCCGGAAGCGGACCGAGUUCCUCAGCCCCUCCCUCUUCCACUUCUACGACCGCCCUUUGAACAUAGUCGAUGGGAAGAUGCAGUACCUGUUCGACGAGGAUGGCCGCCGUUACCUGGAUGCUUUCGGUGGCAUUGCAACCGUUUGUUGUGGGCACUGCCAUCCUGAUGUUGUUGAUGCCAUAGUCAACCAAGCAAAGAGGAUACAACACUCCACAGUUCUGUACCUAAAUCAUGCCAUUGCAGACUUUGCUGAGGCACUUUCGUCCAAAAUGCCUGGUGAUCUGAAGGUCGUUUUCUUCACAAAUUCUGGCACAGAGGCAAAUGAGCUUGCACUGAUGAUUGCGCGGCUUUACACUGGUUGCCACGACAUUAUUUCGCUUAGGAAUGGAUACCACGGGAAUGCAGCUGGAACGAUGGGUGCUACUGCUCAAUGCAACUGGAAAUUUAAUGUUGUUCAGACGGGAGUGCACCAUGCACUUAAUCCAGACCCAUAUAGAGGUGCUUUUGGUUCUGACGGCGAGAAGUAUGCCCGAGAUGUUCAGGAAAUCAUUGAUUUUGGGACUACAGGAAGGGUCGGUGGUUUUAUUUCAGAAGCCAUACAGGGAGUUGGUGGAAUAGUGGAAUUGGCACCAGGAUACUUGCCUGCUGUGUACAAUAUGGUAAGGAAGGCUGGUGGCCUCUGCAUUGCCGACGAGGUUCAGGCAGGAGUCGCACGAACUGGAAGCCACUUCUGGGGAUUUGAAUCGCACGGCGUCAUCCCAGACAUAGUUACAAUGGCAAAGGGUAUCGGAAAUGGCAUACCGAUCGGAGCAGUCGUCACAACUCCUGAGAUCGCGCAGGUAUUAACCCGUAGAAGCUACUUCAACACUUUUGGUGGCAACCCUGUCAGCACUGCCGGUGGCCAUGCUGUUCUCAAGGUUCUGGAAAAGGAGAAACUCCAGGAGAAUGCCUUUGUGAUUGGCUCUUACCUGAAGGAAAGGCUCAACAAGCUGAAAGAGAAGCAUGACAUCAUUGGUGAUGUUAGGGGGAAAGGCUUUCUUCUUGGGGUUGAGCUGGUGACUGAUCGCCAGAAGAAGACUCCGGCCAAAGUUGAGAUCGGCCAUGUCAUGAACCACAUGAAAGACAUGGGCGUGCUGGUUGGCAAGGGUGGUUUCUACGGGAACGUCUUCAGGGUAACACCUCCACUUUGCUUCACUAAAGAGGACUCCGAUUUCUUAAUUGACGUGAUGGAUAUUGCACUGUCGAAGCUGUGAGUCGGAGAGGAGCUGGCAGGAUCAGCCUGAUCUCGUGGGAUCGAUAUCCAUAAAUAAUGUGGGCGAUUUGGUGAGAUAGCACCUCGUUGUCUCGUAAUCUGUCCUGCAAACCCACCAUGCGCAACACCUCAGCAAGUGAUCCAAUUGGCGCUCCGGUCUUAUCAGAUGUGUUCUUUUGAUCAAUAAGUGCAUGUUAAUUCAGAUGUAUUACUGUAGUAUAAGAACCCUAUUGUUUGCAUAGUAGACUUGAAACAGACAAAUCGCACUGCCCAGGAGAUACAACGCGAUGCAAACGUUGUUAAAAUCAUGUCGUCAAAUGUCAGUGAUUUGGCGAUAAUGUUGUGCAAAAAAGUUGUUCCAGCUGGGUAAUAUUGGAGAAUGUUUGCAGAUCAAACGAAUUAUACAGGGUCCUUGUUUGGCUCUUUCUUUGAAAAAA